GUGCGCGGCCGCUGCGCACUCGGCACUGGGCGGCGCUGGCUGGCUCCCUGGCUGCGGCUCCUCAGUCGGCGGCGGCUGCUGCUGCCUGUGGCCCGGGCGGCUGGGAGAAGCGGAGUGUUGGUGAGUGACGCGGCGGAGGUGUAGUUUGACGCGGUGUGUUACGUGGGGGAGAGAAUAAAACUCCAGCGAGAUCCGGGCCGCGAACGAAAGCAGUGACGGAGGAGCUUGUACCACCGGUAUCUCAAAAUCAUGAUUGAAAUACGGUUUUUUGGUUCAUAGUUUUCAAAAUGUUGUUCAUGACUUCUGGAAUUAAAAUCUUUUAAAUUGUACAAGUAAUUCUGAAGUGAUGCUGAUGGGAAGAAAACAAAAUGCUAAACUAUGUAAAAAGUACAAGGUGAAAGUCGUCAUCCUAUCCAGUUCCACCACAUCUUCCUCUGUCCAGAGCCACCGCUUACAGUUUAGUAACUAAAUGACCAUGGAAUCUGGAGCAGAGAACCAGCAGAGUGGAGAUGCGGCUGUAACAGAAGCUGAAAACCAACAAAUGACAGUUCAAGCCCAGCCACAGAUUGCCACAUUAGCCCAGGUAUCUAUGCCAGCAGCUCAUGCAACAUCGUCUGCUCCCACCGUAACUUUAGUACAGCUGCCCAAUGGGCAGACAGUUCAAGUCCAUGGCGUUAUUCAGGCGGCCCAGCCAUCAGUUAUUCAGUCUCCACAAGUCCAGACAGUUCAGUCUUCCUGUAAGGACUUAAAAAGACUUUUCUCCGGAACUCAGAUUUCAACUAUUGCAGAAAGUGAAGAUUCACAGGAGUCAGUGGAUAGUGUAACUGAUUCCCAAAAACGAAGAGAAAUUCUUUCAAGGAGGCCUUCCUACAGGAAAAUUUUGAAUGACUUGUCUUCAGACGCACCAGGAGUGCCAAGGAUUGAAGAAGAGAAGUCUGAAGAGGAGACCUCAGCACCUGCCAUCACCACCGUAACGGUGCCAACUCCAAUUUACCAAACGAGCAGCGGACAGUACAUUGCCAUUACCCAGGGAGGAGCAAUACAGCUGGCUAACAAUGGUACCGAUGGGGUACAGGGCCUGCAAACAUUAACCAUGACCAAUGCAGCUGCCACUCAGCCGGGCACUACCAUUCUACAGUACGCACAGACCACUGACGGACAGCAGAUCUUAGUGCCCAGCAACCAAGUUGUUGUUCAAGCUGCCUCUGGAGAUGUACAGACAUACCAGAUUCGCACAGCACCCACUAGCACCAUUGCCCCCGGAGUUGUUAUGGCAUCCUCCCCAGCACUUCCUACACAGCCUGCUGAAGAAGCAGCACGAAAGAGAGAGGUUCGCCUCAUGAAGAACAGGGAAGCAGCACGAGAGUGUCGUAGAAAGAAGAAAGAAUAUGUGAAAUGUUUAGAAAACAGAGUGGCAGUGCUUGAAAACCAAAAUAAGACUCUCAUUGAGGAGCUAAAAGCACUUAAGGACCUUUACUGCCACAAAUCAGAUUAAUUUGGGAUUUAAAUUUCACCUGUCAUGGUGGAAAAGGACUGGCUUGGCCUCAAGCAGAAAGACAAAAUAAACAUUUUAUUUUCUAAA